CUGGAGCAUUACGCAUGCGCCUCUUUCCUCUGGCUUGCCGUAGAAAAGCGAAAGUCAUCCAAUAAGGAGCAUGUCAUAUGCUAGAUUGGUGUCGCUAUGUGCCGCGGCUCCGGGGCUGGCGGCCCUGCUGAGCGGCUCGGUGCUGGCUGCAGGUGAGGGGAAGAAGAAGAGCAGCCAGCCGCCUCUGAGCAUCGAGGAGCUGCCGUCUCUGUACACCAGCCCUGAAGCAGCGGUGGCCCAGUACGUAGAGCCAGAGGCCGGGCCGGUGGAGCAGAGGGUGGCCUCACUGAGGAAAUGGGCAGAACCAUACACGAGCCAGUGUCAGGUUUGUUUACCUAACCUCAGGUGGAAAACUCAAGAGAAACAGAAAAUUAGUCAACCUUAUGAUGAACAUGGACAUCUGUCCAAAGCAAGCAGCACUUUACAUAUUAAAUUAUAUUUGACCUAUAAUUUGGUCCUCCUGAUGAUCUUUGGACCUCAGCAGGUGUACCAGAGGGUGGAGCCCGUCAUCGGCACAUCAGUAACGACAGUCACAGACGUGUACCAGUUCCUCAGUGACCCUCCUCCUGACCUCUACCCCAGUGUGGCGGUGGUGGGUUUCUCCGGCUUCCUGGGACUUUAUUUGGCCAAAGGCUCCAGGCUGAAGCGUCUGGUGUUCCCAGUUGGCCUCAUGGCCCUGAGCGCCUCCAUGUUUUACCCUCAGCAGGCUGCGACCGUGUUGAAGGCGAGUCGAGACUCGGCGUACACCUGGACUCAGCAGGGCCGCGCCGCUCUGGAGACUCUGUGGAAAAAUCCACCGUUUGGCAAGAAGGAGCCUGAGAAGAAAGAGCAAACGAAGGGCAGCAACACGAGCAGCUGAAGACGGCGAGCCGCUAACACCUGUGGACCUCCCUGAGCUGACGGUCGUUACAUGUGAGCUUCACUUUGAAUCUUUCCAAAACACCUCCGCCUCUUCCCAGAAGCGGUUCGGCUCAUUGCACUGGACGCCUCCUCCUCUUCCUCCUCUGUAAACAUUCCUUCUUUCUCCUUCGAUGACUUCAGCUCCUCCGGUUUAACAGAACAGGUCACAGUGUCACCUUUCAAAACACUUCCUCGUACGUUAACGUCCCAUUCUGCUACACAGACCCACUAAACUCAGCCCGAUCAGUCGUUAAGACCCAUUUUUAUUCAUAUCUGUCAGGAUUUUCUUCUUCUUUUCUCCUAUUUUGAAGCAAACUGAAUAUUUUGACUGUUUGAAGAGCUGGGAUUGACUUCUUUCUUUAGUUUUUACUAUUUAUGUCAGUGAACUUAGACGGCAUAUAUCCCAGAGCUUUGCCUCUGUCCUCUGGAGGAGGAUGUAAACGAAUGAAGUCGCCCCCGACGUAGUGUUCAGGUCACACUGUGAUUCUUAUAAUCCUGAUUUAAUGCAGUGUUAAUGUGUGCACCCAUCUUCAGGUAUUAAUGAACUGCAUAAUAUCCAUGUCUAACAUUGUACUGUAUAUAUUAUGUGUAAUUAAAUCCAGCAUUUAACACUAAAA